AUGUCAAGCAAUUUUGAUUCUUAUUUGCCAAAUUCUAAGAAUGCCGGAAAAUCUCCCGACAUUGUUUGGACACAUUUUAACAAAGAAGCAUCUCAAGAACCAGAAGAAGACUUACCAUUACCUACCACCCCUAUUGAUAUCAUUUUUGAUCCAUUAAAGGCAAAACUAGGCAAUAAUGAUCUUGAUUCAUAUGCAAUUCCUCAAGAUUUUCUCGAAUUGAUCAAUAGAGAAAUAACCAACAAAGAAGUUGAAAUUAAUGAGGAAUCAGAUCUUAACAAAAAAUUGCGGAUUGCUUUUGGAAAAUGGAUAGGCUUUAAGGAACCAAUUGGACCAAGGGAAGUAGACCAUCACAAAGAAGGCCAAUCUGAUUAUCAAAGCACAAAAGGAUUUCAGUUCACUGGAUUGGUUGAAGAAACUUCAUUAUGUUCUACAAAUGCCAUCAACAAUUACUGUUUCCAUACUUUGAAUAAUCCAUCUCAUCAAAGUAAAGGAUUUUGUAAUGAGCUUAUUGAACAUUUUGGGGCUUAUACACUAUACAAUCUCCUUCUUUACACUAGCUCUGAUACUGCAAGCUCACAUAAUGCAGAUUACAA